AUGCUGCUCCUCCUGCGUCUUCUGCGGCUGCACCUGCUUCUGGGUCUCGUCCUGGGCGCGCUCAGCAGCCACGCGCAGAAGUGCCGUCUGGUGCCGAGACAACAGGUUCACCUCGGGUCGACGGACCCGCAAGGUCCUCUAGGCGGCGGAAACAAUGACACGGUAGCUAGCAGUACCUCUAUCCAGCCAUCUCAGACUUCGUCCUCGUCCGCUUCCGCUUCCGCUACUCCCUCUAUCACACCGUUCAACUAUGGCAAGGAUAUCAUUAGAGGUGUUAACCUGGGUGGCUGGUUUGUUCUAGAGCCAUGGAUAACGCCCAGCAUUUUCGAAAACACAAACAACUCGGAUAUCAUCGACGAGUUCACGUUCGGCCAAAUGCUCGACGAGGACUACGCUCUCGACGUGCUCCAGAACCACUGGGCGACCUGGAUAACCGAAGACGACUUCGUCGCGAUCAAGGCCGCAGGGCUCAACCACGUCCGCAUGCAGAUCGGCUACUGGUCCGUGCCCCUCACCUCCGCAGACAGCAACUACAGCACCUCCGUCGCGCCGUACGUGCCCGGGGCGUGGCCGUACCUCCUCCGCGCGCUCGGCUGGGCGCGCGCACACGGCGUGCACGUCAUCCUCGACCUCCACGGCGCGCCCGGCUCGCAGAACGGGUUCGACAACUCGGGGCGGCGCGGGGACGCGGACUGGGCGCAGGGGAGCACGAACGUGAACCGCACGCUGGACGUCAUCCGGUUUAUUGCAGAGCAGAUUGGGGGGAUGAUCGAUGUGCUUGAGGUCCUGAACGAGCCGGCGGGGUAUCAGAGCGACAUUGGCGGGAUUAUUGCGGGGUAUUGGCAGGAUGCGUAUGAUGUCGUGCGGGCUGCUGCGGGGAAGUCGCUGAAGGUCAUGAUCGGGGACGCGUUCCUCGGCGUCGCACACUGGGACGGAUUCAUGACCGGGUCAUCCGCGCAGGGCGUCCUGAUGGACUACCACGAGUACCAAAUAUUUAAUUACAACCAGCUCGCAUUCGACCAAGACGACCACAUCGGCUCCUCGUGCUCCGUGCUCUCCCAGCUGCAGUCCUACGCGUCGCAGAACCUGUACACGGUCAGCGGCGAGUGGUCGAACGCGGUCACAGACUGCGCAAAGUGGCUGAACGGCCGCGGCGUCGGCGCGCGCUGGGACGGCACCUAUCAGUCCGGCCAGCAGGUGUUCGGCAGCUGCGACGGGUGGUCGGGCAACAUGUCCUCCUUCAGCGACGACUACAAGACGUUCCUGCGGAAGUACUGGGAGUCCCAGGUUGCCAUCGGGGAGGCCGUCCAGGGAUGGGUGUUCUGGACGUGGAAGGCGGAGAACGCGGAUGACUGGAGUUACCAGCGCGGGCUGGAGGGCGGCUGGAUUCCGCAAGACCCGACGGACAGGAUGUACCCCGACAUCUGCUCCUAGGGCGCGUUCGCAUUGCGUGCGGCUCACUGUGGACGGCUUCGCACGUCCGGUACGUGUGAGUGUAGACCGUUUGACGUGGACGUGGACAUUAAUGCGGACGGAUCAGGCGCAGGCUAUCGCCCGUCCCAUGUAGACAUGUAUCACUCACUGUAUCAUAUA